AUGGGCAACUGCCACACGGUGGGGCCCAACGAGGCGCUGGUGGUUUCAGGGGGCUGCUGCGGUUCGGACUAUAAGCAGUACGUGUUUGGCGGCUGGGCCUGGGCCUGGUGGUGUAUCUCUGACACUAAGAGACUGUCUCUGGAGGUUAUGACCAUCCUGUGUCGCUGUGAGAAUAUUGAGACGUCGGAGGGGGUCCCGCUAUUCGUAACAGGGGUUGCACAGGUGAAGAUCAUGACGGAGAAGGAGCUUCUGGCCGUGGCCUGCGAGCAGUUCCUGGGCAAGAACGUGCAGGACAUCAAGAACGUCGUCCUGCAGACCCUGGAGGGGCACCUGCGCUCCAUCCUCGGGACCCUGACUGUGGAGCAGAUUUAUCAGGACCGGGACCAGUUUGCCAAGCUGGUGCGGGAGGUGGCAGCCCCUGACGUCGGCCGCAUGGGCAUUGAGAUCCUCAGCUUUACCAUUAAGGAUGUGUAUGACAAAGUGGACUACCUGAGCUCCCUGGGCAAGACGCAGACGGCGGUGGUACAGAGAGAUGCUGACAUCGGCGUGGCCGAGGCCGAGCGAGAUGCAGGCAUCCGGGAAGCCGAGUGCAAGAGGGAGAUGCUGGACGUGAAGUUCAUGGCAGACACCAAAAUCGCCGACUCCAAGCGAGCCUUCGAGCUGCAGAAGUCGGCCUUCAGUGAGGAAGUCAACAUCAAGACAGCGGAGGCCCAGCUGGCCUACGAGCUGCAAGGGGCCCGCGAGCAGCAGAAGAUUCGGCAAGAAGAGAUUGAGAUCGAGGUUGUGCAGCGUAAGAAGCAGAUCGCAGUGGAGGCGCAGGAGAUCCUGCGCACAGACAGGGAGCUCAUCGCCACCGUGCGCCGGCCGGCCGAGGCGGAGGCACACCGCAUGCAGCAGAUCGCCGAGGGCGAGAAGGUGAAGCAGGUCCUCUUGGCUCAGGCAGAGGCUGAGAAGAUCCGAAAAAUCGGUGAGGCGGAGGCAGCGGUCAUCGAGGCGAUGGGCAAAGCCGAGGCCGAGCGGAUGAAGCUCAAGGCGGAGGCCUACCAGAAGUACGGGGACUCGGCCAAGAUGGCCAUGGUGCUGGAGGCCCUGCCCCAGAUCGCCGCCAAGGUCGCAGCCCCGUUGACCAAAGUCGAUGAGAUUGUGGUCCUCACCGGGGAUAACAACAAGGUGACAUCAGAAGUGAACCGACUGCUGGCCGAGCUGCCAGCCUCCGUGCACGCCCUCACAGGCGUGGACCUAUCCAAGAUACCCCUGAUCCAGAAGGCCACCGGCGUACAGGUGUGA